AUGGUCGACGUUCUAGGUCCUUUGUCUGCUCGUCCGCCGACUCCACCAAGGACUGCGUCUCGCAUGCUGUCUGAGAAAGAACGGACGGAAGACUCGCCAGCGCCCGUACAGACCCCGAUUGAAUCUCCUUUUCUGAAAACCGAAUCGACUGGCGCUCCCUCCAGCCGCAAGCGCGUGAACUUUUCACCAUGGCCAAAGUUCAUCAAACCCCCUUCGUUCACAAACCCGGAUCCGAAAGCCCUCCUUCCUUCGAGCGAUAGCAAGCCGGCCAGGUCAAUACUUAAGGCGACAAACUCGCCUGGUCCUAUUAUUUUCGCACCUGCUAUAGCGCAUACCCCCGAGUCGUUCGUGAUGCUUUUGAAGUCCGUCACCCAGCAAUUGGCUGGAGAAUCAAUCAGCUCAAGGAUCGAUGCAUAUAUGCAGUUUUUUGGUGCAUUGAGGGCAUACGAGAAGGUGCCGACAGAAGAGGAAAUUGUGCGCAACUUGAGCCUGAUUGCCGAUUUUAUACAACGGGAUAUUAGCCGCGACCUCACGGAGAGCGGCCCACUAGAUUCAACCCUCGUCAUUCAGGCAUUGAAGCUCUCCAUGGUGCUUAUUUGGCAUCCCCAGAUCUGUCCGCAGUUGCCGGAUGAGUUUAAGCUCUUUCUCGUCGAGCACUCGGUCAAUUGCCUUGAGAAUGGCAAACUCCCCAAAUCUGUCAUGACCCAUUAUUUGAGUGUCCUGUCAACGCAGAAGUUUUCAGCAAAGAUUAUUACAGCGGCCCGAGCGAUGCGCAUACUCGAAAUGCUGUAUGGCUUGACCGAUAGAGUCAAGGGGAACUCCGCAGUCUCGCAGCGUUUAUCGAUUUACGAACGCCUUUUCGAUGUGUCCAAGUCAACGUUCCUUGCUUCGUCCGUUCUUUGGAUGGAUCAUCUUAUUUCUGGAUUGCUUCAUCAAAUUAAAAAUGUCCGACUAAGCGCAUUGGAGCUCGGUUUCAAUGUGUAUAUGGCAUCUGGAUCUAACUCGACAUUGUCGAAAACGCUCCGUGAUAUUUUCGACCGGCCAAUCGCAGACAAACGGAAGAUGGUCUCUGAGGUGACCGAGCGUAUGUCGAGGAUGAUGGCGAAUACCGAAACCGGCGAACAUGUUCCCCAGAUUUGGGGUGUCAUUACACUGCUCCUCCGAAACAAGCGCUUCAACAUUGACCAGUGGCAGCAUUUCAAAGAAUGGGUUCUCGUUCUUCAAAAGUGCUUCAAUUGCAAUGACAUUGAGAUCAAAUCCAAAGCCAUUGUCAACUGGAAUCGGUUUGUUCUAGUGGCCAAUAUCAGUGAGACAACGAGUCGGACGCUACUACGGAUGCUUGGGAAGCCUAUACUCGCUCAAUUCGAAAGGAGAAAGCACGAAAAAUCGGGCUCGCAGCCCAGUCAACUGAUAUUAUCUAGCUACUACAAUCUGCUCUACUACGCCUUCCGACCCGACGCCUCCCAUCAGCAACUGGAUAUGGCAUGGGCAGAGUACAUUUCCUUGCCUUCUGUAAGCAUAUUUGCUUUUGUUCCCAGCCUAAGCGACAGGCUUGCCCACGCGCUGUCGAAUAUGCUAUGGAUCUCGCACCCUCUCAAGUCUUGGUCGGAUAAUCGUGUGAACGAGCCGAAGAAAAUUGCGCCGGAGGAAUUGCCGCCUUUGGAUUGCAAAUGGGUUAGGUCAAGCUUGCCAGAAAUACUGAGGGUAUUUGAGGCCAUUUUAAAGUCGUCUGUUUGGGAGCCUGAAUUAGAGAAGUCUAACAUAGGUGCUGCGUGGGUUAGUCUAUCUCGUGCCCUGGCUUUUGCCGCAAGCAAAGAGAUUACACCCUCGCCUGAGUCUAUGCAAACAGUAGCCCAAAUCAUGGUGCUUUUCCAACGGAUGUGGCAGGGUGGCCCACCCUCUCUCAACGCUGUCGAUGGCUCGUCGAAGGAUACCUUCUUUGAGCGUUUCCGGUUUCUUUCUACGACAAUGAUUAUCGCCUUAGGCAGCAUCUCAUUUACAGAGAAACAGCUCUUCAAGGCGGAUUCACUAUACCUAGCUGUAACGCCUACAAGCCGUCACUUGAAAGACAAUAAUAAUCCCGACACCCCCCUCUUGCACUUACUACGGCUUCUCGGUGAUGUCUCAGGGGCUCCAGAACCAACAGCUGCUUACUCUCGUCUUGUCAAGGAUACCAUUGAAGCAGCCUGCCAUGGAAAGGGUUCAAGGGGCUCUCGACUCGAUAUUCUGAGACAAUGUGCCGGUUUAUACCCAGACGAAAAUGGACCCGAUGACAUCGAAAACUUUGGGCGGACUGUGUGGAUAUCAGCAGCUCAAUUGUCUGCGGAUUGUCUAAGCUCCUUUGCUAACGAAUCGGCCCGCGAACGAGACGGAUCUGUUGCUCGUGACUACGACAACGCAGUCAAGAUUCUUUCCGUAGGGUUGAAAUUCCCGGACGGGUUCCAAGUUUGGGAUCAGCUCCUAGGUGCACUUUUUCAUGUUAUCAAAAACGAAAAGGGGGAUUGUGCGAUUGGGACAACAGUGCUAGAGCCCCUCCUGAGCUUGAUCAUGAAUCUUGAUGUUCGCACCGCAUGUUCCCCUGCGUCCUCGAUGAUUCAUCAUUGUUUAGCAAUUCCUUUCUCCGAGCAUGAGAGGGGUGCUAACGAUACGAACACACCGCCAUUCCCGAGCACGUUAGUGACUAUGGCCCAUCUACUUCUUUCGGGCGCGUACGAACUGCUGGUACCUUUGCAUUCCAACGGUGCCGCUAUAUUUAUAGAGACGCUCGUUUCUUUCUUGGGAUCAGGGACCUUUGUAUUCAGAUCCGUGCUACUUGAUCAGCUCCAGUAUCCGCUGGGUCUCUUUCUGAAAGACGAAUUUCGCAAGGUCACUGUCGAGAGCGGCGCCGAGAGCCGGAUUUUGACUGCUUGCCACGCGCUCGCGUCAGCCGUGCUGAAUAUCCUACAGAUCUUGCCUCGUUAUGCUUCGACUUCUCACAAAUUCGAGCAGAUUAUAUGCUCUGGCUUGAGAUCCUCGCACGCCUCGACCGCUCACCGGUUCUGGGAUUUUUGGAAGUCUUCUUUUGGGACUCAACACUCCUUACUAUUCCCAGCCAGCAUAUCCCAAGCACUACAAGAUCUGGAAGCCCAGGUCGUUAGCCAAACGCAAGGGUUGAGAGCAGGUACCGCUCAAUUGUCGCAAAGCAUGAUUAUGGCCGAAGAUGGCCAGGGCGAUAAGGAAAGCAAUGACCUUGUCACGGAAAGCUCUAAUCUUGUAACGAAAGAUAUCUCGGUAAAGUCUCGCAUCGCGUUCAUCCUGGAUGCACCAUCGGAGUCUCCUCAUUCUGCUCGCUUUGAAUCACCUGUGAUCUCCGAAACCGAAGUCACCACGAUACGGCAAAAAGAGUCGCGGCAACAAACGGAGUCGACCCUCCCACAGGCCCUUGCUCAGGAAGUUCCCAGCAAUCCGACUAAAGAUGAUAAGGCUGCUUCUGGCAACGAAGACACUUCCCGUCAUCAGCAGAUGUUCUCCAUUAUUGACAACCUCCGUUCAUCCUCACCUCCUACCACGACCCCAAAGGAACUUGGGUUCAUGACGCCACCCCACAUACGUAGCCUACGAAAUGACGAGUCUAGAUCUGCAACACCCCAGACGCCUACAAUACCAGCCCUCCCUGCGGACAAUGAAGAGGGAUUCCUUGGUUCGUCCCCAACGCCUGCCAUCCGCGGCCGAACAUCUUCCGUGGCUUCCGCUAUCCCCCCGUCGUUUACCGCCGGUGAUAACAUGGACAUUGAUCCUCCAUCUUCACCACCCCAGCUCGAAUCGCAGAGCGUCGAAUCGCAGAGUGUUGAUUCACGACAAACUUCCCCGUCUAAGUCAACCAAAAACAAGAACUCUAAGAACAAGAAGAGGAAUAGGUCUAGGCGAUCCAAGACGCCUAGCAAGGAGAAGCCAGCUGCUGUUUCAUCGCAAGUGGAACCCACUGAAAAGAAUGAAGAGGGCGAAGUGGAGCAGAGCAUGAGAAGUCGUCUUCGUUCCGCGACGGACAGGUCGCCAGCAAAGGAUGAAGAGGCCCCUGUUCAACAAACACAAGAAGCGCAAGAAACAGCACAGACCAUGUGCAUAGAUACUGUCCAUGAUUCUACUGCUGCUUCUGUCGCCGAGCCCAAGGAUGUCUCUGAGCCGCAGCUUGAGCGUGACGACCAGGCUAUGGAAUCAACUGGCGAAGAUACUGAUACGCAGGUUACGUCACAACUCGAACAAGAUCUUGUCUAUGCCGUGGAUCUGAACAGCGAUACUGCGGACAAAGAAGCAACGACGUCUCCGGAAAUGGCAGCGGUUACACGCAAACGAAAGCGGGAGGAAGAGGCAUCAGUUGCAGAAACUAAGAAAGAGCGUCGCCGUUCAACGAGGAUUUCUUCUGCGGCGUCACCUGUGGCCGAAGCCGAAGCCCAAGAUACCCACACUACUUCGAAGAAACAGAAGACUACGACUACAUCUCAAAACAUCGUUUCUUCCCCAGCUAACACGGCCGCGAAGAAGCGGAAGAAUGACGCAGUCAAGGCUACAGCUGAGACGCCGAAACAGAACCAGGCCAAGGCCGAUAAAGAAGCUGCGAAUGAGCCACAGUCUCAGGGUUCUCAGCAAAGGAGAUCACAUCGUAUCAGCGGUGUCCCUGCGCCCGAGAUCCCAGAAGAGACACCUGCCCCGAGAAAGUCGCCACGAUCAACCCCAAGUGGCUCGCAAAAGCGAAAACAGACCAAGAAAGAGAAGGAAAGGAACCGCAGGUCACAAAGGCGCCGCUCUCAGCGGGAAGCGGCGGCGGCGGCGGCGGCGGCGGCAGCGGCAGCGUCUCAGGAGGUUACCACGGAAGGAGAAAGUUCUAUCGAAAAGCCAGGAGAACAGUCUCAAUCUUCCAUAAUGGAGUCUCAACCUUCCAUAAUGGACAAUGUCUCUCAGCAGAAAAUGCAACCAGACGAUGCUGCGCAGCUAGAUCAACCUGUACAACAACCUGAACAACAGCCUGAUCAACAAACAGAAGCGCCACAGGAACCUGUCGACGUCCAGAUGGCAGAAGUUGGAGCAACAAAGCCGGAACCAGCGGCAGUAGCAGAGACAGAAGUAGAAGCCCCACCAAAACCUCAACCACUGGAGUCCGCCAUCGAAAAACAAACACCCUCUGAACCAGCCCUACCACCACAGCCGCUGCCAGCAGCAGAAGAAUCAGCGUCAACGUCAGCGUCAGCGCCAGAGCCAGAGCCAGAAGCCCGAACAAACCAAGAUGUCCAGAUUUCAACCUCGCUGCGCUCCCUUAUCGACCAAGUCAAAUCAUCUUCUCUGGACCGCAACACCGUCAAGGAGAUGGACGAGCUCCUCUUCGACCUCCGGUUCGAGAUGCACGAGGCGCUGCGGCGCCAUCGGGACAGUGACACUGCUGCACCUACCGCAAGCCAGUAA